AUGAGAGUUACUCCUGAUCGAGAGGCGUCCCGCCCUCCGAGAGAUGAGAACUGGGCCAGCACCACUUCCCACUGGCUUCUCGCGAUCGUGCGGGCGAGCAAGCGAACAGUAUGUAACUUCCGCUCAACACCCAUCAACUCUUUAGUGAUUGGUUCAUUUCCAGGACGUGGGGGCGUGACGCUGUUUUCCGCGACUUGGAGUUUUCACGUGUGGCUGACAGAAAAACGCCGGCUAGAACUGUGUCUUGUUUGUUUCCGCCGCCGCGGUUCUCGGGCUGAACUCUCUACGGCCACAACAUGUGACUUUCAUUCUAUUCCUUCAAAGCCUCAUAGGAAGAAGAAGCCCUUUAUAGAGAAGAAGAAAGCUGUGACUUUUCACCUGGUCCACCGGAGCCAGAGAGAUCCGUUAGCAGCCGAUGAGACUGCACCUCAGAGGGUCCUGAUACCUACACAGAAAGUAAAUGAUGAAGAAAGGCGAGCAGAACAGAGAAAGUAUGGAGUGUUCUUUGAUGAUGACUAUGACUACCUGCAGCACCUGAAAGAACCAUCUGGACCUUCAGAACUUAUUCCCACAAGCUUCAGUGCACACAAUAAGAGAGAUGAGAAAGAAGGAAGUUUAGUCAUUCCAACCACUGGAAUUCAGUUGCCUUCAUCAGUAUUUGCAUCAGAGUUUGAGGAAGAUGUUGGAUUGCUAAAUAAAGCAGCUCCUGUUUCAGGCCCUAGACUGGAUUUUGAUCCUGACAUUGUUGCAGCUCUUGAUGAUGAUUUUGACUUUGACAAUCCAGAUAACCUGCUUGAAGAUGAUUUUAUUCUUCAGGCCAAUAAACCAACAGGAGAGGAAGAGGGAGUGGAUAUACAUAAAUCUCAGGCUGAAGAUGACAAUGAGUGGGAAGAUGUGGAUGAUGCUGAGGAAAGUGGUGGUGGCCGUGAUGACUAUGACUCUGACGGCCCACUGUCAUCAGAUGGCGAUGAUAUGUCUGCCUCAGACAAACCUCAUGGAGAAAAUCACUUGUUCUGGGAAGAGGAAACAAAAAGUCGCUUCACGGAGUAUUCUAUGACCUCCUCAGUCAUGAGAAGAAAUGAACAACUGACCCUACAUGAUGAUAGAUUUGAGAAGUUUUAUGAGCAAUAUGAUGACGACGAGAUUGGAGCUCUGGAUAAUGCUGAAUUAGAAGGUUCAAUUCCAAUAGAAAGCAGUCGGUUGCAGGACGUUUUGAGCGACUACUAUAAAGAAAAGGCAGAAAAUUGUGUCAAAUUGAAUAUUCUUGAAUCCUUUGAAGACCAGGACCUGCUAAUGAAUGAACUCAAAGAGUUUAAGGAGGAAGAAAUUGUUACUGUAGUUCUUGAAGACGUCAAAGAGAAGUGGGAUUGUCAGUCCAUCUGUAGUACAUACUCAAAUUUAUAUAACCAUCCACAGCUUAUCAAGGAUCAUCCAAAACCCUCCAAAAUCCGAAUAUCUUCUAAAACAGGAAUACCUCUCAAUGUCUUACCUAAGAAAGGACUCACAGCAAAACAAGUUGAACGCAUGCAGAUGAUUAAUGACAGUGAUUUGCCUAAGGUAUCAACCCAACCUCGUUCUAAAAAUGAAACCAAAGGAGAUAAACGAGCAAGAAAGCAAGCUAUCAAAGAAGAGCGCAAGGAACGACGAGUGGAGAAGAAAGCUAACAAAUUAGCCUUCAAACUGGAGAAAAGAAGACAGGAAAAGGAGCUGCUGAACUUGAAGAAGAAUGUUGAGGGUCUCAAGCUAUGACAAUGGAACAUAUAGAACA